AUGACUCUGGGAGCCGUCGCUGUGUUCCGGUCAGGGACCGGAAGUGGAAGGCUGGCGAGCGUUGCCGUGGAGACGCGCCGCUGUUUGCCACCAAGAACGGGGCCUGCUGCGGGUGGGGUCGCUGGAUGGAGCCGCAGGGAGACCUGAAUAUCUGUGACUCCCUGGAGCUGCCGUUGGAGAUCAUAUCAGAGUGACUGACCUAUUUAUCAGCGGGAGCUUUGGAGCUGCCAGUCCUUUGGAACCGAUGGAGCAUCUUCUGCAGGGGCCCUGAAAAGCAAUGGCUGCUGCUUCACAUCUGAACGUAGCACCCCCCGAACGGCAGACCUCCGCGGGCAUUGCAGAGCCUCCCCUCUGGCAGCCAUCCUCCGUCACCAUGCACGUCACUCGGCCGAAAUCCGCAAAGGGGCGCGUGAGGCCAAGCUUGAAUUACUCCCAUAGCGUGGAGGCCUAUUCCUGUCGAGUGCCAUCGUCCCCUCAGCCGUUAGACCCCUGCGAUGAACCUGGGAGUGGCCGGAGAGCAGCCUCCUCCCAGCAGGUGUGCCAACCCGUUCAGGCACCUCCGGCCGAAAUCCCGGAUCUCCUCCAGCAGGUGCCCACCCGGACCUCCUCUUCCUUGAAUAAAUACAGGGUGCUCCCGUCCAUUAGCAGAAAGGAGCUGAGGAGAGGCGCAGUGGAAGCGAUGUCCGAACAGGCAAGUCAACUCCGAGUGAGCAACCGCCUGAAGGAGGAAGAGCAGGGCUUCAAAGCUCGCCCUCCGGAGAGGAUGCCCUUCUCUGCCAUGACAAAACACGACAUGGGCAGCGGCGAACAUGUGAAAAUGUCACCACCUCCUUUGGAAACAAAGCCAUUGGGUAAAAUGAAAGAAGGAAGUACCUCCUCGUCAGCAGUCGCUCUGGAAGAGCCCUCCGAGAAAGAGCCCAGGUUGCUCUUGGCCAUCAGGUCUCCUUCGGGUCAGAGGUUUGAACACCACUUCCGGCCGACUGACCACCUCGAGACUGUCCUCGCGGUGGCGGAGCGAAAAAACUCAGCCGCGUACAAGCGCUGUAGUAUUGAAACAGUGGAAGUGCCUCGGCGGACCUUCUCGGACCUGACCAAGUCCUUGCAAGAGUGUGCGAUCCCCCACAAGUCAGUGCUGUGUAUCUUGCAGGAGGAGCCAGAGGGGGAGCUUUAAGCCACCAGGGGCCGCUCUCUGUAUUAAAAUGCCAUUGGAGGCCACGGAUCUUCGCCUGAUGUCCACUUCUUUGGCCCCCCCACAGGCACCUUUCUGUGGCCUAAAAGCCCGAUUUCCCAAGCUGUUCCCUGCAUACUCAAGAGGGGACUGUUUCCAAACAUCCCAUUUCAGUUCCCUUUUUUAUGUGUCCGCCUCCCAGCCAGUUUCCCUCGUACACCUCCCUUCUCUGGAAUCGUUACAAGUGCCUUUCCCUCAGCAGAAGGCAGUACCUCCUUUCAAGGUCACCUGUUCUGCCCAUUUGUUUCGUAUUUCUGAUUCGCUUUUUUCCCAGUAGGAGGAUUAAGUUUCCUUUGGCUGUAGACGUGGGUCAUUUUUCUCACUACGAGCCUAGGUUAGUGUCUGUAGGAUGGGAAGAUGGACACUAGGAGUCUGAUCCCAGUGGGAUCGUUUCCUGACGAAUCCCGCUUAAACAGAUUGUCAUCCAGUGGCAAUGUCUCUGCAGAGCCUUUCGGUUUGCUUUCCAGUGCUCUGUUUUUAAAUUCUUUCUCCAGAGAACAUCCUGGGUUUGGUUGCAGAGACAGGCACACUUUUUUCUCUGCCUUCAAGAAUAAGCGACCUUUGCUUUCUCUGGCUACCCAACUGGGUUUGUUACUGUAUUCUUAAUCAGCCGUUCCUUACAAGAUUACAGCAUAAAUUGGUCUUGAGGGAAUGGGUUAUCGGUAUAAAUUUGCAUUUCAGUGUUUGGCAGCUGGUGCAAAAACUCUCUUUUUUGGAACAGGAGUUGAUUGCAAACUUGUGUUGAUUUGGUAUUCUUGUUCUCUAAAUUGAGUUGAGGCCUGUGUAUUAAGGGCAGCUCUCUCAAAAAGCUGCUUUUUCGUUUUUAAAAUCAACCUUUGUAUUUAGCAAAAUGCCAUUUAUGUUCUUGUAAAAAAAUCUGUAUUUGUGUGUGUGAGAGAGAGAGGGAAGAACCUAUCCAAAGGCAACCUUUAGGGCUUGGACAGUUUGUAUUAUACAAAAGCUGCAUUAACCUACUGGAUUGCUUGCCAAAUGGGCCCACUCCUGAGUGUUCGUAUCUCAUAAACAAAUCUCAGCUUUUGCUUCAAUGAAACAGCCAAACUAACCUCUUCAGAUUAGAAGGGGGCUUUCACUGCUGCUUUAAUUAGGGCUGCCCAAACAGGCAACUUCCCUAUGAACUGUACAGAAUUGGCAGUUUGACUUUUCUUCCUCCCCAUCUGGCAGAAACGUUGGCCCUAUCCCAUCCUAAAGAAGACAGUCCUUUCCUUUGAUUACAGCUGUGGAGUUCCUGGCCAAACCCCUCUGCAAGCUGCCUGCUGUUCUCAGCUCUAAAGCAGCGACUGUGUGGUCAGGGAAGCAAUGAAUUAGAAAGAGCAGCGGCAGGGAAUGUCACACCUCUUUCCGCUGCCUGUCAGUUCCCUGCAGAGCGUAGUUUGGGGAGCAGAAUAUAAAAGAAGCUUGACGGUUCUGGGCUGGAGGUUGCAGGAAGCAAGGCCUAGGUGACAGGCAGCAUUAUCCUUUCAGGAAUUGAUACGAGUGCUCGAGGCAAGGCCUGAUUCUGGCAACAGCACAGAGGCGCCCCCCCCCCCCACGCACUAGAGGGCAGAACCCUUUCCAAUUCAGGCAGCACAAGGAAGGGGUGGGAGGAACUGCUGUUCCGUCAGUUGUUUUUCCCCCAAACGGGAAAGCAGCGGCAGCGGCUCACUUUCUGUGCAAGUCCGCCACACAACUUCGAGUCCUUUUUGGUCAGGAGGAACCGGCCGAGUCGGACAAAUUGCACCACGUGUUCUGUACUGCCGAGUCUUCUGCUCUGUGGUUUACUGCAAGGUGGCUUAUUUGGAAGGGGGAGCUGUUCCAAACUGUCAGAAACGGGACGAAAGGGAAGGAAGCUGUAGCCAAGACGAUGCCGGUGCCAGUUCAGAUAUACAGCUUUUCAAAGGCUUGCACUGGUACAGUCUGCGAGGUGGAGAUGUAUCGUGAAGGCCCCUCCUACGUGGAAUAUGACCCACACAGGAAAGCGUGUCAGUACUAAGGGUGGGCUGAGCCCCUCACACUGCUAGUUGUGGCUGUUCAGUGAGGUUUUCAAGAUGUGUAUAAGGUGUCCCAUGAUUGGAUUCUUAUUCAUUGACACUGGAGACACAGUACAAAAUUUUCCUCAUUGAAUUUGGAGGGGGCACGGGGAAAAUGUCCUCCAUAAUUUGGGACCAAGCAGUUGCCUUUAAGCACUGCUUUCUCGUUUUGGAGCCACUCGAAUGGGCUGUAUCUGUGUCUCCAGGUAGAGAUGAGCAAACUGUUCUUAAGAGCACAGUAAGCAUGUUGGGAGGGAAUGCAGGCAUGAUGCACUUCAUGUCCCUUUUCUGGAAAAGUCGAGGGGAAAAUCAAGCUUGAAACAGUCAAUUAAUGUACAGAAAAGUGUUAUGAUUUUUGCACUUAAUUCACAAUGAAACCUGUUACGUGUAGUGUUAGGCUCAAUAAAGAUA